AAGUAUUUAUUAAAAUCAGUUUUAAAUGAAAAUAGUUCAAUUUUAGAAAAAUAUAAUAUAUUAGAAUUGGAUGAUCAAGAGAAUAGCCCAAAUGUAAAUAAUAAAAGAAAAGAUACAGAAAAUAAUAACAAUAAUAAUAAUAACAACAACAACAAUAAAAAAUUAAAAAUAACAUCACUUGUUAAUAUACCAGAGGAGAUUUACCCAGGAUCAACACUUAACUCAAUUAAUAGAAAAUUAAAAAUAUUCAAAACAAAAUCAAUUUUAUCAGAUCAAGAAUUUCAAAGUAUAAAUAUUGAUAAAGAUAGAUUUGCUAUUGAUUAUGAUAUAUAUAAACCAUCACCACAUUUCAAAAAGACUGAUCCGGGCUUACCCGAUUUUUAUUUAUCAAUUUCUAAAUUUGGUUUGGCAGUACCCUCAAUGAACGACAUAUCAAGAUUGAAUUCAAUUAAUGUAAUAAACAACACAAAUAUACCAAUUCAAUUUUGUGUGGUAAACCAAAAAGAUAUUUCAUUCAUUGAAUUUAAAGAAAAUUUAGUGUUAACAAAUGCAUUCUUUUAA